AUGCCCGUCGGAGCCAUCGCACCCAUCACCGGAAAGCUGCGCAAGCGCCUUAUCCUCGACCUCUCCGUCGCCCUCGGUGGCGGUGUCGCCCUCGGAUACGGCUACUGGUACGGCGUCCACAUCCCCUCGGUCCAGCGCCGUGACGCCUUCUACGCCAAGCUCCAGGCGCAGCAGGCCGCCGAGUAG